UAAUAUUCUGUGAGAAUGUUCGAGCCGCCAUCUCCCAGUUUGAUGCUGCUGCUGCUGCUGCCACUGAUGCUCAGCAUGGUGGACGGCCAGCAGUGCAGCCGGCAUUACAACCUGCAGACCAAUCAACUCAUCAACAUAACCAGCUCUAAUUUUCCAAGGGCUCUGCCAGCGGGCAGCAGCUGUCGUUACCAGAUUAAAGCGCCUCCCAAUCAUGUGAUACACCUGACUUGUCGCUUCGAAGUGUAUCCCGACAUCUGUCAGUCCAAGUUUCUCUUCAUCUCACGCGACGGAGAUAUGGAAUUCCGUGAUGCCGAGCGCUAUUGUCGCAUGGGUCAAGUGUCCCGCACCUCGAACUAUCAAUCCAUAGCCUUGGGCUACCAGUCGAUCAGUGCCUCAACCCAGCAGCGCGCCAGGCUGAGCUGCCAGGCGGUGGCACGUCGCGUGCCCUGCGACUGCGGCUGGUCGCAGCCGACGCGCAUCACGAACGGCGUCGAGGCGACCAAGCACGAGUAUCCCUCAAUGGUGGGUCUGCGGGAGAUUGGCUCCAAUCAGCCCAUCUUCUGUGGCGGCAGCAUCGUCAGUGAUCGCUUCAUUGUCACCGCAGCGCAUUGCACGGUCCAGCGAUUGGCCACUCGACUCUUGGCUCUGGUGGGUGAUCACGAUCUCAGCAGUGCUAGCGAAUCGAUGUUCGCUUUUCAAUAUGCCAUACAAACCAUUAUCAAUCAUCCGGCCUACAACAGCAUUGGAGAUACAAACGAUAUCGCUCUGCUCCAGACAUUGGCACCAAUCGAAUUUUCACGAGGCGUGGCGCCCAUUUGCCUGCCCUUUGGACAGACACAAUUAGCGGAAACCUACGAGUUGGUCGAUAUUGCUGGCUGGGGCACUUUGGGCUUUGGUUUUGCCAAAUCGAACACGCUGCAAAAGGCCCGAUUGAUGACCAUUGUGAAUACUGAGUGCAGUGUCCGGUAUAAUGUCACCAUAGCCCCCAAUCAGGUGUGCACUUACGAUCAUACGGGAUUGGGCCAGGACUCCUGCCAGUACGAUUCGGGCGGACCCGUUAUCCAGCGCCAACGCUCACGCAUGUUCCUGCUCGGCAUCAUCAGCUACGGACGCGCCUGUGGCCAGCGCUUUGGCAUUGGAGUCAACACUCGCGUCUCGGCACAUCUCAACUGGCUUUGGCGCUAUUUGGGCGGCUCGGUUUGUGCGCGUUAG